CGCAUCCCCAUUCUGCGGUGGUUUCGUCCGUUGACCUUUCUUGUGUAAGAUCCAACAUUUAUACGUAAUCUAGGAGAAGUUGGCAUUUCCAAGUCGUUUUGUCCAGGUUUCUUCACAAAACUGCCCAGAGGGAGGUCCAAACAUGUUCCAUAUAGUGUCCAGGUCAGCUCAAAGACUAUCGAGCACAGCCAGUGUUCUGAGACGUCUGAACAGCACCCUUGUGAUUGCUGAACACAACAAUGAACAGCUGACCCCCAUCACUCUCAACACCAUCACUGCUGCUGCCAAAGUAGGAGGGGACAUCGCCUGCCUGGUCGCUGGGAGUAAAUGUGCUUCUGUUGUGGAGGAACUCACCAAAGUGGAUGGUGUUAAGAAGAUCUUGGUGGCUGAGAACGACGUCUUCAAUGGAUUGCUGCCAGAAGCGAUGACUCCACUGAUUUUGGAGACACAGAAGCAGUUCAGCUUUUCUCACAUCACAGCAGGAGCAACAGCAUUUGGCAAGAGUCUAUUGCCCAGAGUGGCAGCCAAACUGGAUGUGAACCCUAUCUCUGACAUCAUUGACAUCAAGGAUGCUGACACCUUUGUCAGAACCAUCUAUGCAGGAAAUGCUAUCUGCACAGUGAAGUCCAAAGAUGGAGUGAAGGUGUUCACUGUGCGAGGAACAGCCUUCCCCGCUGCAGAGGUGGCUGGGGGACAGGCCGCCUGUGAACAAGCUCCUGCAGUUGAUGUGAAGAAUGACCAGUCACAGUUUGAAGGCCAGUCCUUGUCAAAGAGCGACCGCCCAGAACUGACCAGUGCUAAGACAGUUAUAUCUGGAGGCCGUGGGAUGAAGAAUGGAGAGAACUUUGAGUUGCUGUACAAGCUGGCUGACAAAAUGAACGCUGCAGUUGGAGCCUCCCGUGCCGCAGUCGAUGCUGGCUUUGUUCCCAACGACAUGCAAGUGGGCCAGACUGGGAAGAUUGUUGCUCCCGAGCUGUACAUUGCUGUUGGGAUUUCUGGAGCCAUCCAACAUCUGGCUGGCAUGAAGGACAGCAAGGUGAUUGUUGCCAUCAACAAGGAUCCAGAGGCUCCCAUCUUCCAAGUGGCUGACCAUGGGCUUGUUGCUGAUCUCUUCAAGGUUGUCCCUGAGAUGACAGACAUGUUGGAGAAGUAGCUCAUUUGAGACUGUAUAAGGUAUCUAGUGAUGUCUCCAGGGGUUCAGGGUUGGUUAUAUGUCUUAUGUUGGAUACUGGUGUACGUUCCAGUGGACACAUGAUAUCAGCUGUAAACACUUGUCUGUAGUUUUCAUCAUAAGAAAUAGAGUAUGCAGUGUUAUUGUUCUUUCAACUGUAUUUGUCUGGCACCUUUCCACACUGAUGAACAUGUAACAUCAAUAAUGUACAAGCAGCUAUCAUACAAGGUUUGUGUUGUGCCUACACUGUAUAUGUACAUUAAAGAUCAAA